AUGAAGCUGUCAGGAGGACUCGUGCUUUGCUUCGCUGCUCUGUUUCUUUCCCUCACCCCUGUCCAUGGUAUUAAGCGGCUGCACACAAUCAACGAUCUGAAAAACGUGGACUUUGGCAGAUCUGUGCCCAAACACAGCUUACUUCUCCUCCACUGGUUUGCCAACACAAUUGACAUUGACAACAAUGAUGUCAUGCGACUGACUUUUGACCCAAACCUUGGAACUUACGGGUCACAUCACUACGGCAACUACGAGAGAAUUCUGGACCCUCUCCCUCAUGGGAAUAUCAGAUACCGUUAUUACACUGUUGGUAAUCUCAACCGAGGCCAAGUCGAUCUUCCCGUUUAUGUCCUGCAUCCACCACGUGAAGAGUUUAGGGGAAGAAACCGGGACAGGAUCAUAUUCCGAGUGAGGGAGCAAACCACAGGAUGGAGCGCUGGAGAGACGAUAGAUGAAGUCUACAUCACGCAGCAUUUCGAAAAUUCAAAUGAGGGGACGCGUUACGAUCCCGCCCAUACAUACCGGAUCACGACCAACCUCCUAAGGCAAAUCAGAGAGUUUUCAGUGGAAGAAAACCAAAGAAAUUCAUUGAUGGAGCUCAGAGACGACUUUGGAAGCAACAUAAGCGAUUCACACCUACAGAACCUCUUAGCCGUAUGGCGUGAACUUGCUUGCCUUGGACUGCUGUUGUUCAUGAUCCUGGAGGAAAAAUACAACCAAAACAACAAACCUCGACCUGCGGAUAGAAGGACACCGCCUCAUUGUGCCAUCAACGUUCCAGAGGAAAUACAAAAUCACUACAGUCCUCUGCAAAGCCUAAGAGGUGUAUUUGCUCAGGAUCAGAUUCAUCUUGAAGUGACCACUGGGCCUAAUGGAAAAGCUUUGAUCCAUUGGCGAGAUGUUCCUGAAGAUCGCCUUAACCAACAAGUGAUGGUGGUACUGUAUAAAGACAACAGUUCCCAAGAAGCAUUGUAUUCUAAGGUCAUCAAGACCAGUGACGGCCAUGUCAACACCUCCGUACUACUGAAUCCUGGCCUACAGGCCCGGCUCCAUAAGACAAGGGUAAAGUACUGUUUCUGGACAGUAGCGGCUGAAGAGAUAUGCAGAGGAAGGGAGUUUGAAAAUCCAGAUAAAGUCAGACUACAGGACUAUGAUAUGUACUUACAACUAUUUGUAAAAGAUGGUAAGGCUGGUGCACGCUUAUUUGUGGACAAGACGUUCACAUACUGGAGGUCACAGUUCAACAAGUCCUGGGUGGGGUUCUACGAAAAUGAACAUAAAACCACUCAAGAAUAUGAAUGGUGGCAGUGGCAAUGGGCCACAAAGUUUCAACCAGCUUCCACAACCGUUGACCACUUCCAUGAUGUUUAUGAGUAUCACUCAGGCAUGACGAUCACCCCUGGAGUCCAAGCAAGAUUCAUUCUCAGGAAUUAUAGUGUUUUGGCUCGAACACCAAGCUGGAGGUGA